AUGGCGGCGCUGCGCUUCUCCACGCCGGCGGACAGCGGCCUCCCGCCGGAGAGCGCCUCGCCGCGCCUCUCGCCCGUCGGCCCGCCGGAGAAGGAGGAGCUGCGGCGGCUCAACGACCGCCUGGCCGCCUACAUCCAGGGCGUGCGGCGCCGGGAGGCGGCCCUGCAGCAGCCGCGCUUGCAGGAGCCCGGCGGGGACCCGGGGCGCGCCCUGCGCCGGCGCUACGAGAGCGAGCUGGCCCAGGCGCGCCGCCUGCUCGACGCCCAGGCCGCCCAGCGCGCCGCCCUGCAGCUCCAGCUGGCCGCCCUCGGGGACGAGCACCGCCAGCUGCGCGCCAGGAAUUCCAAGAAAGAAAAUGACUUGAGCCUGGCAGUUGCUCAGAUAAGGGAUUUAGAUGCUCAGCUCCACUCCACGGAGGCUGACUUGGCAACCGCUUUGAGCAGACAGCAGAGCUUGGAGAAAGACCUUCAAGAGUCAAAGGACCAAACAGCCUCCCUCAAGGAGACGGUGAAAGAUACCAGAAACCAGCUUCAGAACGAGAGGUUGAAGAGGGUUGAUCUGGAAAACCAAACACAGACGCUGCAAGAACAAGUGACGUUCCUGAAAAACCUCCACGAAGAUGAACUUAAAAGGAAGAAGAGCUUUUAUGAGAGUAAGAUACAAGAAAUAGAGUCUGGCCGUCAGCAGGAGUUUGAGAGUAAACUACUGGAUGCCCUCCAAGCACUCCGGCAAGAUCAUGAACAACAAAUUGAGGCGUACAAAGAGCAGGUGGAACGGAAUUUUGCUGCCAAGGUGGAAAACGCCCAGCUUUCUGCUGUGAAAAACAGUGAUUUUGCCAACUCGGCACGGGAGGAGCUCAAGAAAACAAAACUGAGAAUUGAUUCGUUGACAUCCCAGAAUGCUGCAUUGGAGGGCUGCAUCAGUGACUUGGAGACCACGAUACUGGAGCUGCAGAGGACGAUAGACUGUGAGCGCGACACGCACAAGAGGUGUGUUGCCGAGAAGAACCGAGAAAUGGCAGAGGUGCGGCAACGAAUGCAAGCUCAGCUGGAAGAGUACGAACAUCUCCUGGACGUAAAGCUGGCUCUGGACCUAGAGAUCAGUGCGUACCGAGCGAUGUUGGAAAGAGAAGAGAAGAGGUUAGGGCUGUCUGGAUCCUCCUCGGAAAGCGUCGGCAUGCAUUCUGCAGCCAGCCUGGGCCGCCUGUUCCUACAGGGAAAGAAAAGGAAACGCCCCACAGUGGAAAAGCGAGGGCCCCAGUUUGGUUUCAAGGGAGUCCAGAGUGCUUCGUCUUCGGGAAGCAUUUCGAUAGAAGAAAUUGACGCAGAAGGGAAAUUUGUCAGAAUUAAAAAUAAUUCCGAUCAGGACCAGUCGCUAAGCGGAUGGACGCUCAGAAGAGAACAAAGAAAUGAAUCUGACAUGAUGUACCAGUUUCCGACACGAUUCACUCUUCAGGCUGGCCAAGCAGUUACAAUCUGGAGCGCGAGAGACGAUCCCCAGGAGCUUGACUUGACCCUUGUGUGGAAGUCCCAGAAGUCAUGGGGAAGCGGAGAGAACGUCAGCAUCGCGCUCCUUAACGCCGACGGGGAGGAAACUGCAGAAAGAAAGAUUGUCUAUGGAGGAGGAGGAGGAGGAGGCUGCAGCAGAGAAUGGGAGGAGGAGGAAAAGGAAGCAGCCCAGGAAGAAGAAACGGAGCUUCACACUCAACAGAGUGGAAGCCACAUCUGUCCAAUCAUGUAG